AAAUUGCACGAGCAAGACGUACCCAUCGUUGUAAGGGAGUCUCGUUCGGAUGUGGGGUCGACCAGCGAUGAUUGCACAGAUUGCCCUGCCAUCUUGGUAUGGGACAAGCAAGUUGAUCGCAUGGCGCCGCCCGCAACUCACAAAGCUGUGCCACUUUUGAUAUUAGCAUGAAAUUGCCACUGCCGCCCGACGCGUUCUCGUCAGUGCCUUUGGACGCCGACAAAGUAGACGAGCUGAAGAAAAUUGCUCACAACACAGUCCAGCAAGUGCUGGACUGUGUUCGAUUGACCAACGGCCCCAUUGCGUGGACACGAGUUGCGGACGAAAAGGUCGUCCAUGUCUACUUUGGCGUCGACGCCGCAGCCCCCCCAUCUGUCACUUCCUGGCUCGGAGUGUCUGAAGUCGUUGCCACCCUGGACGAAGUUUCGGCGCUUUUGUACUCGUCGUCGACGGCCGACUACCGGAACCACCUUCGUUUGGUCUUCAACGAGGCCAUGGACGGUGUCCGUAUUGCAAACCUCGUGACUCCGACUCCUGAAAACCCUCGUCAAUUUGUCGGGGUCAACUGGGUCGUACAGAAAGCUCCAGGAAACGGCAUCUUGGUCAAGCACCGCGAUUGGUGCUACGUUGAGAGUCACCAAGACGCCGUGUUGGUGGAUGGAAGACAUGCAUGGGUACGUGCAAUGACGUCGGUGGACCUUCCAGCAUGUCCGCCGUUGCCGCCGUUUGUCCGAGGACGCAACCACCGCAGCGGGAUCGUGUUCGUGGAAACGGACCGACCCGGCACGCUACAAGUCCUGCAACUUAUGCAGUUGGACAUUUGCGGCGAUGUCUCUCGCGUGGCUAUCGUGGGAGACUACCUAACCCAACUGUGUGUGAAGAAGCGGUUCCGCACGAUGGUGGACUCGAUGGAGCGAGCGCUGAGGAGCUAUCGGAUGGGCCAGAGCGGCCAAUUUGCUCCAGACGUAGCCAUCCUCACCAGCAACUCCACGCCAACUCACUGUCGGUUGUGCACCAAGAAGUUUGGGAUUAUGACGAAAGCGUCCAAGUGCCGAAAAUGCGCCCAGGUCGUUUGCAGGCACGAAACUUGCAGUGCCUGCUGGGACGUCAAAGUCGAUGGCGAGCUCGGAUCCCACCGAAUUUGCACUGUCUGUUGGCUAGCUGCGUCCCGCCAAACCAGUCGCGCAAUUGUGCCGUCCCAGCACCAAAAAACGCAAGGAGGCAGCUCGUGGGAGUCCCGAUCGAGGGAUGUCCCAUGGAUGAUCGAUGGCGGCAGUAGUUUCUCACACAAAGUCGUGGACCCAAUCAUACUCGGUGGCUCCGACGAUGACGAUAUCGAGAGCAACUUGGACACUUGCCCGUCCACGGUCCUCUUUGAUUCGUCCAUCAUGGGCGCGAUGCCGCAAACGUCGUCAACUGUCCAGCUCGUGGACAGCGCGACUCAUUCUUAACACGAACUCUAUCCUAAUGAAUUUGUUGUCGCCCCUGCGCUUUCCCAU